GAGAAACUGAAGUCACGCUAUCGCGAUACUGAGAAUCAACAUGGCUUGCUUCCAUAGAUUUCGCUAGCCAUUUUAGUCAAUAGAAAAAUUCUAAAUUCUGCAAAUUUGAGUUGUCCACUCAAAUUCCAAAUGACUCGGCUACUACAGCAAGCACCGUAGCUACAUGCAGACGUUGCUCUUACAGGUUUAAGACAUCUCUGUUAACAAGCUAGCUAGAUAACGUUAGCUGACCCUCACAUCCAGAGCUAACCUUGUUUAGCCAUCCUACAUUAGCUUGAUUCGCCUGGUUGCAGUCUUUCACAGUGCUUGUUUUGUGGUUAGUGUCAUCUUUUAUUAUUAGCAUGUAGGCUGGAUGUUAGUGGUCUAAGUUAGCUGUCUAACGAGAAGAGAUUCUGGACGGGUGUUGGCUACUUGGCUAUGUAGCUAACGUUGGCUAGUUGGUUAUGCUUCAGACUGGCUCAGAACGAGAUUAUCGUGGCGGCGAAGAGACAGACGCAGGUUGACUCCCACAUCACUGUAUGUCAGAGGGUCAAAUCUCUCUAAAAUAUUGUUGCGUGACCACCUUCGUGACCACCCGCCUGGGUAACACACCCCACCUGAUUGACAGCACAGAAGUCCUCCUCUCCUUGAGUCUCGGUGUAACCAUCUGCCCUAUCUAUCUACCCCUGGUUCCUCCAGAGCAGGGGGUAAGGGACGCCACUGUCGCCACAAUGCUGGACUCUGUGAGGAAUGCUUUCCACGCCCAGCUAGCCACCGUCAUGGACUCUCUUCUGGCGGCGGCGGUGUGUGAGAUCGCCAAGAUCUUCGAGAGCAGUCUGUGUGAGCAGCAGGAAGAGCUGAUGCAGAGAGGAGGGGAGAUCACAGCCCUGAGGGGGAGGCUGGAGCGGGCAGAGAGGAGGCUGAAGAAGGAAGGAGAUGGAGAAGAUGGCCUACUGGAUGUGAUAGAAGGACCAGCAAGGGAAAUAGGAGGAGAUGACAGCCCAAGGCAGCAGUCUGAACCUAGACCUGGUUCAAGCUGGGAGUCAGAUGCCGCCUCUGAGACCCCCCCACUGGUCCAAGACAGGGGGUGUAAGGAGCCGCCCAGGAUGAAAAAGGAGGAGACAGAGCUGGAGGGGACUUCCGUCAAAGAAGAGCUUAAACAUUGCCCUCUUCCACAGUUUGGGGAGUCCCACCCUGCCCCUGUGGAGGGGAAGGGACAAGGGCCAGGGGGGAGCUCUGCUGCUGGGAGCCAGAGGCUGGGAGACCCCCUGUCUGAUACACCAGGGACCAAGGCAAAGUUAUCCCAUUGGGAGGGAGACCAUAGACCUCUUCAAAGCCAGAGCUCCGCUUCCUUCUUUCAAGAACCCCGGGUUGGACAUUUUUCCCCCAGACCUGACCACAGGUCUCCUGGGCUUGACCCCUGGGCGAGUGGGGUUCCUCUAGACCUUCAGGAUCCUAGCUUCCUGAACCAGAGCCCAGACCAGGUACUAGAGCAGAGAGAGCCCCGACAGUCACAGGACCAAACCAACCAAUCCCAGAGAGGCCUGAGACCAAGAGACGACAGAGGGAGGGGCCUAGUUCAUCAGAACCGCUGGUCAUUGGCUUCCAAGGACCCAAUCAGACCACACCCCAACACACACGCUCACAAACAUGCACACGGUCACGCACACACACUUAGCGGGGCAAGACCCUACACCUGCCCGUACUGCGGUAAGAGCUUCAGCUACCCAUCCCACCAGCGCAGGCACCUGCUGCGCCACACAGGUGUGCGGAUGUACCCCUGCUUGGUAUGCGACAAGAGCUUCCUGACUCCAUCGGAGCUCACAGUGCACACCCGCGUCCACACAGGGGAGAGGCCGUUUGGCUGCACCCAGUGUGGGAAGCGUUUUGCCCGCAGCGGGAAUCUCCGGGCCCACCAGAGAGAUGUCCACCUGGGGAAGAGACCCUUCGUCUGCCAGGAGUGUGGCAAGCGGUUCGCCCACAGGGGCAACCUGAGGGUGCACCACCAGAGGGUACACCCGGGCCUGCCAUACCAUGAGGAUGAGUAUGACCAGGAUGGCAUCGCUCUCCCCUCUACUGGGUAAAGGGUCAGGAUUACAGGGUCAAAUUCAGUUGGAGUUAAUGGGAGAAUAUAUUAUAAGAUGGAAAAUGAGUGUUCCUAUUUGGCGUUUUUGUCUUACGUGAAUUAAGCCUGCCCUGGAACUCUCUUUGCAUUUUGAACGAAUGUGCCGUAGGAAUGACUUUACCCGUCGAGAGACGAUGUUGAAGAGACAGGAAAUUGAGAGGCAGAGAAAGAAAAGCAGCACUCCCUACAAAGAGGAAGAGGGGGUAUUUCUAAGUGUUACAUCAUUUCAAAGGAUGGCUUACCGGAGGUUGUUUUUAUACUGAGAGAAACGGUGCUUCGUUUUCCUUUGACCCUUUAGUUACUGUACAUGGUUGUGUAUGUCAGCAACAGUGAUACAAGUACACGCUGAUUAUGUAUCAUAUGAUAGCACACAUAACGUUCCCUAUUUUGUCUCAAUGUUGUUCAUCCUCUGUGUACUGUUCAUAUAAAGUAAUUAACCAUAAUAAAACAAGGUGUAUUAAUGGUCAA